GUCCUGUUUAAUAUGAUUGUAGAAGUGCCUCGAUGGACAAAUGCAAAAAUGGAGGUUGCCACUGAGGAGCCGUUGAAUCCCAUUAAACAAGAUAUAAAGAAAGGCAAGCUUCGAUAUGUGGCAAAUAUCUUUCCUCACAAGGGUUAUAUAUGGAAUUAUGGUGCCCUCCCACAGACCUGGGAAGAUCCAAACCAUACAGAUAACAAUACAGGAUGUUGUGGGGAUAAUGAUCCUAUUGAUGUUUGUGAAAUAGGUUCAAAGAUUCGUUCUUCUGGUGAGAUUGUUCAGGUGAAGGUCUUGGGUGUUUUAGCUCUUGUUGAUGAAGGAGAGACAGAUUGGAAGAUAAUUGCUAUCAGCGUGGAUGACCCAGAAGCGCAGAAAAUCCAUGACUUCACAGAACUUAAAACUGAGCAGUCCCAACUUCUGAGCAGUUCUCAUUGUUUAUUCAUAGCGCUCUGCU